AUGCUUGAGGCUUGCUCUUAUGAUAUUACCGGUGAGAUAUCACAACUGGUAAGGUUGGUAUCGAUGAACUCUAAGGAAUCAGUCAACGCGAACAUUCUGAACGACGACUUGGUAUAUAAGAUCCUCCUAUUUCCUACGGAGGAAGGGGUUAACUAUAUAAAGGAUGGACCCCCAAUACCUAAGAAGGUGAUGUUCGAGAAGUUCGUGGACGACUUGUUCUUUGGUGGAGAUACAGCAGAAGAAGCACGGUCGAGUAAGGAGUUCGUAACUCACUUCUUUAAGGGACAUGGGUUGAUCACUGAUCCACUUAAGGAUCUUACAACCUGUCAUGGAGGUCGAGAGGAACUGCAUGAUGACGGCCAUCUACUCGGCUAUACUUUAGCCCUUGAUAAGGAUCAACUUGUGUGUAUGUUCUCUGGUUACAUGCCCGCUGAGCAGUGUGACAAAAGAAGGGCUUGUGCUAUACUUUCUUCGCUGUAUGACCCUAUGGGAUUGUUAUUGGAAGUGGACAUGGCUGGAAGGUUAAUAUGGCGAGAUAUCUGUGCUACGU